GCUCGGACUCACGGGCUGCUUGCGAUGUCGUUUUCCUUUAAUCCUCUUGCCCCGGGGCUGCAUCCGAUGCAUCCACUCCUAUCGGGUGCAGGUGGUUAUCUUACCGCACAGCAAUUGGGCGCACCACCAACACCUACCAAUACCGCCCUGAUAGCAGGCAUAAACAAUAAACCGCUUGAGUUUAAGCUGAAACCCGUUCAGAAUGGAUCCGGCGCAGCGCCAAUGGAGCUGGAAACGGUGGCCGAACGCGAAUCGAUCAAGGACGGUGGAAACGCGUUGGCGGCAAUGGAAAAGGCACGUGAAGACAGCAUCAACAAGAAGAUGCUGGAAGAGCUGCACAAACAGCACCAAAGUCAGCUGCAGCAUGCUAACGGCAGUGAGCUGGUCUUCAACCAGUUGCUACAGCAACAUCAAUCCCAACACCACGGCUUCAUGAUGAUGCCUGGUGUCAUGAACAUGGUGGACGGUUCCUCUCUAAUAAGCAUGCAGCCCUUCCCAAUGAUGGCACCGAGCGCAGAACUAACUGGUGCACUAAACGGCACCGCCAACCAGGCAGCUUCGCUUACCGCCAACGCUUCCGGUGCUUCUACCGCUGGGUCCGGAAGCGGGGAAAAAUCUGCCCCCACGAAGGAAAUCAUUUACUGCAAAAACUGCACCCUGUUUCCACCGAAUCCAAGCGCACCGGCACCGAAAACGAUCGAACGGCCACCCGGAUGUAGGACGGUGUUUGUCGGUGGACUGCCGACCGGUAUGACCGAGGAGGUAAUGCGUGAAAUUUUUGAACGGUGUGGUGAAAUUACUACGCUACGGUUGUCGAAGAAAAAUUUCUGCCACAUCCGGUACGUGUACGAAGCGUCGGUCGAUUCUGCCAUCUAUCUGUCCGGCUAUCGGGUAAAGAUUGGAAGCAAUUUUAAUUACGGUGGAAAUAACGGAGGUGGUGUUGGUGGUGCAGAAGCAAAAGAACCACCCAUCUUUGGAGUGCUGCACGUGGACUAUGCGCAAGCACGUGACGAUCAGUAUGAGUACGAGUGUAAGCAGCGAAAAUUGCAGCGCGAAAAACGACACCGUGAAAGGCUGGAGGAGGAUCGCUUUCGAUCACUUUCACCCCAACCCGUUGUCCAUUACACGGAGCAUGAGGCCGGUUCGGUUGCGGAACGGUUAAAGAACGACGAAACGUUCGCCAAAGCCGUCCAAACGCUCGUGACCUGGCUCGAUCGGGGCGACUGCAGCAAGAAGAAUGCCAACAACUUCUACUCAAUGAUCCAGAGCACUAACUCGCACGUCCGGCGAUUGCUGAACGAGAAAAGUGUGUGCGACGAGGAGCUGAAACGGGCCCGAGAGCAGUACCGGCGGCAGACGAAGGGCAUGCUAGCACAGUUCAGUCAGAUUGAAAAAGUUUUCAAUGCGGCCAGUCACAAGAAGGUUUGGGAUCAUUUUACUAAAGCCCAAAGAAAAAACAUCGAUGCGUGGAAGAAGCAGUCACUGGACAUAAAGUGUGUGCAGCUGGAUGAUUUCCCCGAAGAUGAUGGGAUGGAUAUGUCCGACGAUGAUCAUUCAGUCUCAUCCCUACCUUGCAAAAAGUCUCGCUCGGAGCAUGAUCAUAAGGAUCAUUCCGUCGAUAUGGAGCGAGGUAGUGUGGAUACUGGUGAACCUCACACAGCGCACGACAGUGAGCUCAAGCUGAAGAUCCUGCACAUUGAGGUGCUGCAGGAAACGAUACGCAACCUGCAAACUCAGCUGCUCGAAAACAAAGCAAAGGAAACGGAACGUCAGGCUCGCAUCUGCGAGCUGGAGGAUGAGCUUAAGGAAGCGAACGUAAAGCAGCUACUGCUCAAGACGAAAAUUGCCACGACAAAGGCAGCCGCAUCCUGUGCCGCGAGUGUAGCGUCCUCCGGCAAGGGUGGUGACUCGGAGAGUGAAGAGUGUGCGACGGUUACCGUUGCACCGGAUGCUGGUCCAGGCGGUCCACCGGAAAUGGUAUGCAAAGCGACGGCCACCACCGGCACUGGCUGUGAGGGGGUGGCCGGUGAGCUGCCGAACGAGCGGGAAGCCAAAAUACUUGCCUUCGCCUCAACGUUUCUUAUGAUCAACCCGCUCGGUGUGCCGUUCGAGCAGGUCUGGGCGUACGUCGGCCGGUACGUGAAUGAGAUGAAACCAAAGGAACUGGAAGAGGUAUUUGCGCGCUACCAGCAGCUUUUCGAACGGUGCGGCACAACGGGUAGUGGUGGGGCUGCGGAUGAUCAGCAGAACGUGAUGCCCAAUGCCAGCAGCGCAAUCAAGUCUAGUCCUUGCUAUAGAUUUAUUGGACACAAAUCGCCCCUUCAAGUCAGUCUCGUUUAA